AUGCUCGCUCCCAAGGUGGCAUCGAUUUUCGUCUCCCUCCUUCCUUCUCUGACACAAGCAGCUACUCUGUUCGCUGCUCAGUCGAGCGGCGAUCUGAGCACCCUUGCACUUACUCGAAGUGGCGGCUCUUACAGCCUCUCCGUAACAUCAACAACUAGAGAAUGUGGCGGUAAUCCCUCUUGGCUCAGCCUCGACACUCCUCAGCGCCUUGUGUAUUGUCUUGAUCGAGGUGUGAGCAGUGCCACCAAAGGCUCACUCAACUCAUUCCGGAUCGGAGAAGGGGGCGCGCUGAGCAAGAUUGAUAGCGCCGAUGCACCAUUCUCAGGCGUAGCAGCUGAGUACUUCGAGCUCAAGAACGGGAAGAGGGGAUACGUCACUGCGAGCUACAACAAGUCUGCAAUUGGAGCCUUCUCAUUCCCCUCCGACGGCUCUGUGGAACCCCCAGCACAGGUUCUCUUCCCGACAAACAACAUCACAGGACCCAUUCCGAGCAGACAAAGUGGCAGCUACUCUCACCAUGUGAUUCUCGACCCAACUCAGAAGUACAUCCUGAUCCCCGACCUGGGCGCCGAUCUGAUUCGCGUUUUCACAUACGACCCUGAAACCGUCGCGCCGCUUACGGAACUGGCCCCUUUGAAGACUGAUCCAGGCGCUGGUCCCCGACACGGCGCGUUCUGGAAAGCGCCCGGGCGCGGGAAAGACAAGGCCGUGUAUCUGCUCUUCAACGGCGAGCUGAGCCAGAAGGUGUACUCGUACCGCAUCACGUACAAGGCCAGCGGCCUGGUCUGGGAGAAGGUAUCCGAAGCCUACGCGCUCGGCGAGCUUGGUCAGACACUGGCGCCCAAUACCGCGCCAACGAGCGAGAUUGCUGUUUCUCCUGAUCAGAAGUUUGUCAUCGUGAGCAGCCGACAGCACUCUUUCAACCUGUCUCCGCUGUUCCAGAAGGCGGAUAGUGAUUCACUGUCGACCUUCAAGAUUCAUGAUAAUGGAAAGUUGAGUCUGGUGCAGGUAGCCCCGAGUGGGGGGUAUCUGCCGAGACAGUUUAGUCUGAACAAGAAGGGUGACAAGGUCGCAGUCGGUCAUCAGGGGAAUAGUACGGUAGUGGUAUGGGGCAGGGAUGUCAGGAGCGGAAAGAUUGGAGCAAAGCUCGGGGAGACUAAGGCUAGUGGUCCGGUGGUGUUUGUCGGAUGGGACGAGUAG